AAAAAAAAAAAAGGAGGGGGGGAAUGGAGAAAUUUAGGAACUGCCUAAGUUUGGGACAUUGAAACACAUCCAGCCUUCUACCAUAAGAGCUCUCAAAAGAGCACAGACCACACACCUGAGCUGCUGGAGGAGGGUAUUUUUACAGCAGCAGUUCCUAAAUGUUUGGAUCCAGGGGUCAAGCCCUUAAACUCGCUCACAGAUACCACAAUGGACAAAGGAGUCAACAAACAUGUGCAUAUCACUGCAUAUUAUCACUUCAAAGGUGACGUGUAGAUCACAGUCUGGGAACCGCUGCUCUAAAGAAAGGGAGGUGAAAAAUCUUUACGGCGGGCAGUGGUGAGGGCUGGGGGUUUCAGGCUUCCUUGCUCUCACAUGGAGAGGGCAGCACUUUGCACAAAACCAAAUGCAUUUCAGAGGAACCUGGCACGGCGCUCUACUACAAAAUUCAAAGAAACAAGGGGACAACUUCCAAACUUAUUCCCACUCAUUCUCUUGAUCCUCCACUAAAAAUGGACUUCAAAUGCAAUAUUAAAGGGGAAGACAUGGCGGGUGCCACGCUCCAUACCCAGGUAGCAUCCCAGUAUCACCAGCUUUCCUUUGCAGCACGACACCAGCAGCAAUCAGGCAAUACCAGGAUCCCAAGCAAAUUUAAAUGCAGAGAAACCCACCAGUGACUACGAGGCUAAGAGAUUUCUAGCUGUAUGGUGCACUGGGCAGGCACUUGCAAAGUGAGGUCCUGUUCCACAGCACAGUUACACUGUGGCCCAACAGGUUGAGCAGAUCCUUUUAGGUGAUGUCUGUCACUGCUGCAGGGAUCUUGUUAACAGCUGCUGAGACUGAACAGGGAAGGAAAAACCACCAAAGCAAGACAGAUUUAAGUGCUUCUGGGCCCAUGGUCCUGCUCUCCAAACUGCAGCUCCUUAGAGGUGCUGCAGGUAUGUGCCAAGGACACAUCAUACCUCAACUACAGCAGCGAUCCUCAAAGGGGGGGAAAAAAAAAGUUAAUUACUUCCAUGACCUUAAAUCAACCCUAUCAGCUCAAACAGUCAAUAAGCAGAUGGCUUUUUGCUAAGCACAGACCAGAACUAGCCCUGUAGAAAAUGAGAUAUUCCUGGGAAGCCCCAGAAACACAAUGCAGGCGGCUGCAUCUGUAACAGCCUCUGAGGAAACAAUUUCCGCCACAGGCAGCGCAGGGUCCUUGUGCCAGAGGAUGCUUCAGGGCCGGAGCUUCCACUGACCGGUUUGAACCUCAUGGCACGACACCGAAUGAACUGUGUGUGCUGGCAAGCAACGCCCCCAGUAUUUCCAGUUCCACAAACCGGGCUACAAUAAUGAUGGCUUCUGGAAUCUUAAUUACGUGCUGGAGGAAGGACAAUCCCACUUUUCAGCGGUAGUGACAGGAUUUUGUAAUGAAGUAAAAAUUCUGUUAACGGGAAUUAUGCUCUGUCACGCAGGUUGCAAGGUGAGGGGGUUUCCAGCUAAGUGCUCCGAUCCUGUCUGCAAACAACCUGGCUCCACAGCUGCCAAUUAGUUCCUCUCUACUCCCAGAUCUCCGAAACGGUUAACUUCUGGCUGUGAGACCGUCCUAUCUCCCUGCCUGCUCAACAAUAGAUCCAGCUAAACAAAUGCCUCCUAAUUGACUUUGAGCAACACUUGAUUGCUUUUACAAAAAACAAAAGAGAGGAAAACAUUGAGGUUUAUGAAAUAAUGACUAAUCCUGGAGCAAGAGAAAGGGGAUGGGUUGGAGCACUGGUGUCAAACAGAGAUUCAAUCUUGGCUAAAAGAGCCCCAAGACACACGGGCCAAGUCAUUCAUCCCUCCCCAACUGCCCUCAUUUCCACACCUGCUGAUCUAAGCCAAACCCCUGCUAAAAUCCAAACAAUCGGGGCCGCUGGCAAACGAAAAUUGGAGCAUUGUCUUCCCCAUGAGGGCUCUGAAAGGGCCGCACUUAAUGAGGAUGGAUUGACAGAGAGGUGGCUCGUAGGCUAUAAAAGGCAUCCCACAGUCGGGAGCAGCUCAGUCCAGGCUGUGCCACCCAUUUGCCUGCUCCCAGCUCACUCCGAGCAUGGUCACAGCCUACCGCAGGCACCCCUCCAGGUCGGGUGGCCCAUGGCUGCUGGGUCUCCUGGCACGCCUGCUGCUCUGGGGCUCUCCAGGAGUCUGGGCGAGCUACCUGAGGAGAUCCUCCAGCUGCACGCCCAUUCCACACCACAUGGCCUUGUGCUACGAUAUUGGCUACUCCGAGAUGAGGAUUCCCAACCUGCUGGAGCACGAGACCAUGCCAGAAGCGAUCCAGCAGUCUUCCAGCUGGCUGCCCUUGCUGGCCAGGGAGUGCCACCCAGAUGCUAGGAUUUUCCUCUGCUCCCUCUUUGCACCAAUCUGCUUGGACAGGCUGAUCUACCCCUGCCGCAGCCUCUGCGAGGCCGUCAAGAGAAGCUGCGCACCCGUCAUGGCUUGUUACGGCUACCCCUGGCCCGAAAUCCUCAACUGCAACAAGUUUCCUGCAGAUCAUGAACUCUGCAUCGCAGCUGUCUCCACAGAUGAGAAUUCCUCGAGCAGGAGAAUACCCCGAGCCAGCUGCAAGGACUGUGAGCUUGAGGAGGCCAGCACUGCUAGGGAGAUCCUGGAAAACCUCUGCGCCAAUGAUUUUGCAGUGAAAAUCCGAAUCCUGAGGAAGAACAUGACCACCACCAUCUCCGACUUCGACUUGGAUCCCUCCAGGGUGGAGGUCCUGAAGCACGGCCCGCUCCUCAGAACCGAAAUCCCCACCAGGCUCCAGCAGUGGCUGGACAUAGAUGCUACCUGCGUCCACAACAUCAUGAGAGGCACACACGCAGGGGUCUUUGUUGUAUGUGGUGAAGUACAGAGUGACAAAGUGGUGGUGAACAAGGCCUACGCCUGGCAGAAGAAGAACAGGAACCUGCACCAGGCAGUGCGGAGGUGGAAACAUCACCGCUGCCCUGAACAGGCUGGCCGGAAGGUCUGAAAAAAAUCUUCAAUUCCAACAGUAUGAAACUGCUCCCUCCCCUAUGACUAGAAAACUCCUUUCCCUGGCAGUUGGUGUUUUGGAGAUGUACAGCUGGUAUUUUUAGGUGAUUCAAAGCAUAGUCCACAGAUAGGGCCUCACUACAGAUCCCUGCUUUACUGAGACAGAGCUUAAGGAUGCAGAUUUAACAUAUUCCUCCCGCAAGACUCUGCUGAUCCAGGAUUUGCGAUGGAUGGCUUUGUGUAGGAUCCAGUGUGGCAACAAAGCUGAACUGAACUCUGCAGGCAGACACAAACUAGAAGAGACCUUUAGUAACAGCUCCUUCUAGUUCUCACCAUCAAAGCUGAGAGCCGUGUCAGAUUCAUUAUUUCACCUGAGACACUGAUGCUGUCCAAGUGCCUGCUUGCUUUCUGUCCAGAGAGAUCACAUGGAAGUCUCCCCAGCUGCUAAGUGAUGCUUUUUGUGUAAUGGAGCAAAUACUUUACUCUUGUACAGUGUGAGGUAAAUUAAGGGGGAGAGGAACGGGCAAUGCCCAGCCCCUUAAAAAAAUGAAUGCUAAACUCUGCUCUUGAGCAGUCACUUGGGCUGUCCCUUCAGCUUGUGUGCUGAGAGUUGAUGAGCAUCCGCACAGGUAAAAGGAAACAGCCGUUCUGGAGCAGGAAAGGCACAAAGCAGAGAGCUGAGGGUUUCUGCGUAACAGGGAAAACCAUUUUUUAACAUUAGAAAUUCAGUUUGGACCAGAAGAAUCUGGUAACUGGGGAACUACUCAGCAUAUCGAGAUAUCACAAGAGCCUUGAGAAAGAGCAGAGAGGGAGCAGGACAUCAGCUGUUUAAACCUCUGCUUUGGUGUGCAGCAGCUGAGCACAGGAGGUGAGCCCUGAGCACAGCGCAAUAGGAGCUACUUGCAGUUCUGAUAUGGGGGGGAGAAAGGUUACACAGCUGCCUGGCCUUCCACCAGCACGCAAGGAAGAUGGAAAAGGUGGCAAAACUCACCAGGUUCUCUCCAGCUCACACUCUCACCCAAGCAGGGACUGUAAUUCCCUGCAGGGAUAAACACAGCUAUAGUUCUACGCUCCAGACCACAGAGCAGAAACCAGAAAAUCCCCAAAUAAGAAAACAAGUCAGAUUUUUACUGCUUAACAAAGCACUGUCCAUGGAAAGUUUUCUACACUGGAUUAAACUUGGGCCUGAAAUAAGAAAAUAGGGGG